UAGGUGAAUCAGCCUUAAGUGUCAAAUGAGAACACACAUCAAAUCAUAGUCAAACUUAAAUUUUUCGAAUAAUUUCUUGAUAAAAUCCCAAAAAAAACUGCAUUCAAAAGCAUUAAUUCAAAUAAGCAAUGAAUCGAUUCGAAUAUUCUCAGGCGAUUUUGCGUGAUGACGAGACAUUUGUGGCCAAACACAAGAGUAUAAAACUGUAUCAUGGCCAUCAAAAGACAAAUUUUGAAGACGGUGAAAUUGUUAUAACCACCCAUCGUUUGUUAUGGGGACGAAAUGGUGAAAUUGCACGUGGCAUGGUUGUGCUGAGUCUGCAUUUAAAGCAUGUGAUAUCGCUGGAUGAAGAAGUGGCCAGUUCAUUUGUGUUUGGUCGCAAAAAGCGAAUCAUAGUCACAUUAAAAGAGCCAACCCCAGACAAAACACCGGGACCGAUGGACGAUAGCACUGGCGAGAUAUUUAUCAAAUUAUCCGGCCGAAAUGGUAUCGAAGAAUCAUUUAUGCAAUCUCUAAACGAAACUGUAGCGGCCCGUAUUUGGGAGACAUCCGAUGCGGCCCAAUCCACUAACGAUAAAAGUGAAAAUGCACCGCCACCAAGGAUUAAAUUGCGAUCGGGUAUCGUUGGUAUCGAACGUAAUUUACAGGAGCGUCAAAAGCAAACCGACGAAAACAUUACAUUGGCCUUCAAAGAUCUAAGCAAAUUAAUGACAAUGGCUAAGGAUAUGGUGGCCAUUUCAAAAGUGAUCAGUUCGAAAAUUCGCGAACGACAUGGUGAUAUAUCCGAAGAUGAAACGGUGCGAUUUAAAUCAUAUCUAAUGGGUUUGGGUAUCGAUGAUCCGGUUACAAGAGACAGUGCAGCCAGCAACUUAGAAUACUUUCAAUUACUAGCAAAUCAAAUCUGUGAAAUGCUUCUUGAUCCAAUCACCGAAGCCGGCGGUAUGAUGUCACUGGCCGAUGUUUAUUGUCGUGUAAAUCGUGCCCGUGGCUUGGAGCUACUUUCUCCAGAGGAUCUACUAAACGCGUGUCAAAUGCUAAAUGGCCCCAUCAAAUUGAGAAAAUUUCCCAGCGGCGCAAUGGUUUUGCAACUCGAAACACAUAGCGACGAAACAGUUUCCGAAGAAACACUCGAAGCGGUGGAAAAAUCGAAAUCGUUGAGUGUCGAGGAAUUGGCCCAAUUGCUGAGCAUUUCGCUAUUGUUAGCACAAGAACGACUUCUAACGACCGAACGUGCUGGUAAAAUUUGCCGUGAUGAUUCGAUCGAAGGUCUACGUUUUUAUCCAAAUUUAUUCUUAAAUCCGAUUGAAUGAUAGAAAAAUGCAAUCGCCAUAGCAUUUAGCGUCUAAGUGUUUUAUUUUUCCAAUUUAAAACUUUUUUUCCCAUGUAAAUAAACGAAAACCCCAUUUUAAUCGCAUUUCAUGGUAAUUCAAUUUCAUAGAAACAAUCGUUCAAAAUUGGAUAAUCAGUCAAUUUCAUGUCGCUGUUCUCCGAAGCUCCGUAUUUUCUUUCCUCUUUUUUUGCAUAUCAUUAUGUAUAUUUCGCUAUAUAAACGUAUGAUUUGGUGUUGGGUUUGUUUAUGGCGAUAAAAAUGUGACGUUUGACGGCUCUAGAAAUGUCAAAACACUUACGCUCUAUAUACCUAUCGGCAUGUGUACGCAUACGUUGAUACUUUCGGAGACGGUAUUUGGUUGUGUGUAUGUAUUUGUGUGUAUGCGUGUUUGCAUGUCAAUGCUACCAUUGUCUGAUUCUUGCGUAUAGACUCUCUCUGUUUCGCGCUUCUAUACAAAAAAAAUUCUAGUAUUAGGCGAAAGGUUGACGAGACCGCGUGAAAUUUCGUGUAUCGCAAGCGUUACGAGUAACUGGCGCUCAUUCUCCUGUAUAUACAUUUUUCUUCUUUUCUCACACAUUGUGCAUUUGCAAUUGGGGCAAAUAUAAUUGCAUUUCGAUUGAAUGCCAUGUAAAAUACAUUACCGUACACACAUUCUCUUAUACAUUUUGGAUAAAAAUUUGUUUGCAUCGCUAGAAAAAUUCGGUACAUGAACAUUUGCAAUUGUUUUGUGUGCCAAAUGCUUGAAAAAAAAAAUAUUCAAACAAUCGUAACUGUCAAAAAAAAAAAACUUUCCAUCAGAUGACUUCAGCGGUGCUGUGCGGCUUGAUGCGAUAGUAUUCGUUUUGAUUUUUGUUUGUUUUUAUAUACCCAAAAUAACGAAAUUCGUUUGAGAAAAACCAAAAAAAAGACACACACUGCGGAGGUAAAAGACAGAAAAAUAAAUAAAUAAAAUAAAGUGUAUUCAUAUGACGAGAUCUGUGUGUGAUCGUUUAGCCGACGAAUGAAAUGAGAAAAAGAAUCGAAUCGUGUUUUUUUUUAUUUGUUCAACAGCUCUAAAGACUAGUUUCAUAUUUUUUUCUCUUGCUUUUAUGUUCCGUGUUAGCGCGAAGUAAAUUACCCGAAGAGACUAUAAUUUCAAAUUAACUGUGUUAACCUAUAAUAGUUAUAUAAAAUUUUUGUUACUUUUCGAUAUACAUGCACUGUUAUAUACAAACGCGUGAGACUGCGACGCAACAUUGUGGACACAUAUACAUAAAAAUCGCAAGAAAAAAAAACCACAACAACAACAACAGCUGAAUCGCUUCUGAAUAAUUGAUGAUCACAACACAUGCAUGCACACAAGCAAACAACGUGUACGCAAAGCGAUAAUAAUUUCAAAAAUCAACGGAAAACUUUUAUUGAUUCCAACGGAAUUUCAACCGAACUUUGAUUUUCCGUGACUUUCGCUUUAUUUCGAAAUAAUUUGCGAGCACAACUCAAACUCAAUCGACUGAUUAAUUGCGAAAAUUAAUUUGAAGCGAUUUGAUUUUUCGUUCGUAGUGAAAAAAAAAAUUGACUGAAAACGAAAACACUGUACAGGGAACACUUUAAGUGUUGAAACACGGUUUGAAUAAGAUAGAUAGCAACAGAUAUAGAUAGGAAAAAAGAAAUUCGAAUAAGAAAUCAUCACGUUGAAAAGAAUGGAUUUUGAAACAUCGUGCUGGACAACGGGUCCGUUAACCAACGGUGGCCAAUCAUGCUACAAUUACGAUAAUCCGGUGCAACGGCGACCAAAAAUCGACUAUUUUGAUAGCGCAUCAAUAACACCGAUUGUUUCGCAUAUAUCGUCGAACGGAUACUAUGGAUAUUGUCCAACACCAAACGUACCUGCCCACACCGAAAUUCACGGCAACAAUGACGACAUCCAGAACAAUGCCAUCAAUAUCGAUUACGAUGUGACUAAUGCAGCUAUGGCGAUGGAAUCGACUAAUUCGGAGCAUUCGAUGCAGCAGCAUCAGCAGCUACAACAACCCCAUCAAGGUCGCACACAGUUCGAAAAUCGAAAACGGUCCGUUCGAUUUGUCGCCGAUGAGUUUGCCGCCGAACGAGACGCUAAACGACGACGAAGUCAUUUGUCAGUCAUUGAUUAUGUCGAAGAUAUGCAAAUGGGCUACGAAGAUGACACGAUCGUUCCAUCGAAUAUCGGUAAUUCAAGUUCAUUCAACAAUAUCAACAGCGUCGUUAAUACCACGAUUAAUGCAAACAAAUCAAAUGGUCAUAUUAAAUCGACCAUGAUGAUGUCUCACAUGAUAUAGAAAUAUGUUGAAGAGUGUAUAUUUUGCGAUAGAUUAAGAUUGUAGCUAAAAAAAAUUAUUCUUUUUUUUCUGUAGUCAUUUUGGCAAACACACAUAGAUUUUAAGUCAAUCAAUUUAUCUACACUGUCAACAAAUUUACUAAAUGUAAACUAUUAUUUCUUUGCGGUGGUUUUGAAUAAAAAAAAAAAAUUAGAGUUAAACCAGAAAAAAAAGUUGCAUUAGAAUAUUCUAAACCCGAUUAAGUUAACCGUACGAAAGCAAGAUACGUAAAUAAAAAGAAAAUUCUAUUUAGCACAUAAUUUCAGUUGAAUCAAGCGCAUGUUUUUAGUUAGAUAUAGUGAGAAGCUCGUUUGUUGUUGUCACGACCAUCUAUCUCUCUCUCUCUCUCUCUCUCUCUCUCUCUCUCUCUCUCUCUGUCUGCAUUUCAAUGUGAAACGAGUUAUCCACGUACCAAAACUAUCAUCCAAAAAAUUACCCUUUGAACCAUACUUCGUUUGCAUUAACACCGAAACUAAUACGGUUCCAAUCGAUCAAUUUGUACGGACACAACCGCAUACAGCACACCAAAUCAACUACAUUGAAUCGAAAGCAAGGUUAAUCCAUGAUGAUUCGAUGCAUGCUAUCAAGAAGACUGACGAGGACAAUUCAACAAAAGAGUGUAUCACAAAUGAUAUGGAAAACUUGUACUGGCAUACACAUGGCUCAAUGCUAUGGCAACGCUGAACUUUUCGCCACACAUUUGUUACCAAUAUCUUCUCUCUCUUUUUUCUUGUCAAUUGAGAGAGUAGUUUUUGACAAUUUUCUUUUAUAAAUUUAUAUAUAUGUAACAACUAAAACAAAAAACAAAAAAAAACGAUGUAUUAGUACAUAUUUUGUACUUAUUUAGGUUUAAUAUUCGAAAUAAUGCUCUUUUUCGGAUGUGAAUAGAAUCAAAAAAUACAGACCAAUUUGUUAAUUCUUUAUCAGAAAA